CGCCGGGAAAACACGGGCCGUUUUCCGCUGCGAACUCCGCACCAACUUCGCCGCGAUACUCGAGUACGAUCGUUUCGAACGCUCCUUCGAAAGUUGUUUUGUGAAGUGAAUUUUGACGUGGGAUGUUUGUGAAUUUUCCACUUUUGUGUUUGUCGAGUUGAGCUUUCGACACUCUGAAACUUAUUGGAGUCCAUCAAUCAAGCUCCACUCUCAGAGGACAAUUGAACCGGACCGCGAACGUUUCAGCACUUAACAUGUCCAACUGAACUAUUCAGCGGCCAUCAAAGCAUGACAACCUAAGAGUAAACUUCAGACGAGAAAGAAAUAAUAAUCUGUUAUCGAUGAACGACCUAAAUUAUAACGCAGGAAUGAGUUCCUACCAAUUCGUCAAUUCGCUAGCCUCAUGCUAUGGGAAUCAAGUCCCAGGUCGCACGGGGACACCGGUGGAACAAUCUGGACAUCCGGGGCUGCCGACACCGGGAGCGGAUUACUACAACCCUAAUGCAGCAGCUUCUGCAUAUCCGAAUACAUGUUAUUCGCCGCCGCAAGUUGGGCAUCACUACCCACAACACCCGUACGCGACACCAGCGAGCGGUGCACACAUGCAACCUCAAACUAUGAUAGAUUACACACAACUGCAUCCACAGAGACUGGGAAGCACGGCAAGCCAUAUGCACCAACAUUCAAAUCCGAGCCCAGGAGCAUUAUCACCGAAUUUAUUAUCAGCUGCUGCGAGCCAAGCUGCAAAUGCUAGUUGUAAAUUUGCUGAUUCUACAUCUACAACGGGUGUUGCAUCACCUCAAGAUUUAUCCACAUCGUCAGGGCCAGGACGGACGUCCCCUGGGUUUGGUGUAGGACAAAAUACAAGUGGAAGUACUAGCACUAAACUUGGGCUGACUACGCCAAUUGCCUCACCAGUUGAGCACAAGGCUAACAUUAAUCAGAACAUCUCAAGUCCAGCAUCGAGCACAUCGAGCAACGACAGUAAUGAAGCCAAUAAUUCGAGUUCAAGCAACGCUAAAAACGCGAAAUCUUCAGGAAAUACCCAAGCUAAUCCACCGCAAAUAUACCCGUGGAUGAAGAGAGUUCAUCUAGGUCAAAGUACGGUGAACGCGAACGGGGAGACAAAGCGACAAAGAACAUCGUAUACGCGAUACCAGACGCUCGAGCUGGAGAAGGAGUUCCACUUCAACCGGUACCUGACGCGGAGGAGACGGAUCGAGAUCGCCCACGCGCUCUGCCUCACUGAACGGCAGAUCAAGAUCUGGUUCCAGAACCGCCGCAUGAAGUGGAAGAAGGAACACAAGAUGGCUUCGAUGAACAUCGUUCCGUACCAUAUGAAUCCGUAUGGCCACCCGUACCAGUUCGACCUUCACCCCAGUCAAUUUGCGCAUCUAUCCGCAUAGGAUCAGUGGAAUUUUUCGAAUAGUGGAUAACUGAUUUAUUAAAAUUUUCAGUCGUCCGUUGCGGAACGGAGUUGUAUGUAGCAACAACUACGAAGUUGGGUGCUAUAGCAACUAGACUGAAUCAGUUAUUCGCUGUUCGAAAAAUUUCUUGGACGGACAUAUUUGUUGAAAUUAUUGUUGUGCCGUGAACAGUGACUUUGAGUGGACAAGUUUAGUGUCUCAUUGAGGAAACUUCUGGACAAAUAGCCAACACAUCGAAUUGAAAAUGCCCAGUGGAUUCUACAUGAAUACGUAAUUAAGUGUUGUAAGAUGUUUAUGACGGAUUCGAUAUAAUUUUUACAAGAGCAGUUAUAGGAAUUACGUCACUCCUCGCUAAUGUCAUAAUUGUGUUGAAAUUUUAGUAAAAGAUUACCUAGUCAUAAGCUUAUUGCUCGAUCUACAUAAUUUUUAAAGUUGUAAGGGGGAGAGUAAUUGUUACAAAUUUAGGAAUAGUAUUAAUCAUGAUGGCUAUAUUAAAUGAUAAAUGAUUUAAGUCCUAUUAAUUUAUUUCUAUUAAACUGAUUCCCACACUUAUUACAAAUAAAUGGUACAAUAAUAGGCGUGUACAGAUCAGCCAUCGCUUUAACGACAAAUUCGGAAUUGUACAGGGAAAUGGAAAAUUCGAAAUCUCAGAAAUAUAAUGUUUUGCUAGGUAGGCGAUUUCGUAAAUCUUUUAAUUAAUUGGCAAGGGCUUGAAAGAGCGCUGUGAACUUUGUAAUGAAGUAAGCUCAGUUAAUUUAAAAUUGUGAAUACCUAGAAUUUGUUUCUAUUGUAAAUACUUUGAAUAUCUUGUAGGUAUUUUGAAAAGUUUAAUAUAUUCAAUGUAGAACCUACUUUUAAAGAACUAUUUUAUGUUCCUGUCUCUAGUGUAAAUAACAAAUAAUAUUUAUAAGUUAAUAUUCAUAAAUACAAAUAGUAUAAUGUCAUUACUUAGAUAAAUAAAUUAAAAUUAAUUGAUAAUAAUAAUCUAUGAUAAUCUACCAACGAUACCAAUUAAUUAUUUCAAUUGAGGUCUAGAUUUAGACUAACUGUCGUAUUUGUAAAAUGUACUUAAUUUUAGGCUUAAAAUUAAUCUUCAUUGAUUUGUAUUACUUACUGUUAUGUUAAAUUUUACUUUCUCCAGUUUAUGAUUUUCUUAAUUUGUUACAUCUCAUUAGAAAUGUCGUGGUUAACUGUGAUAUUUUGUUAAAUUUAUUUUUAAGGAGAUCAGAAUUUGAGUUUAUCGAUCUGUCUGAUUUUUUUAUGAUUGCAAUGUUAAGU